AUGGAUUAUGAUCAGCUACCUGGAGUCAAUCCUGGACCACCUAUGGAUGAAUGGCGUAUUACAUCAACACGAGGCGAUAGUGUGCUAUUCAACUUUAGACGGCAUGUGAGCGACUAUACCGCAGCAUUGGCACUCAUUCGAGAAAGCUUUUGCGAGACACAAGUUGUAGCAGCAAGACAAGUGUACGCUCCACAUCCAAAUGAGGAUUGGAUUAUUGUUGAAGUGCUCUUUACUGAAGAGGAUGAAGGAGUUGCACGUAUGGAUGCCAUCGCACAUGGGAUUCGAUUAUCACCAAACAAAGAAAACGGCUUGAGUGAAGUUGAGCAUGACGUGGUCUAUGGAUUGCCUUCAUGCACUGGAAUGCGAUAUAUGGCACUUGGGAUUACCAACAUGGAACUACAACCACCCGCAGCCGCGUAUGCAUCAUAUAAUGCACUUUCCAGAGCCGUGGAUCAAUAUGGUCGUGGUAAUCUCGUCAAACAUAUAUGGCUGCAUGAACAACAUGACAUGUAUGAUGGAUGUGCGACAAUCAUAUUGAAUGAAUUCAGUACAAUGAGUUUGCACUCGAUCCAGCAACGAUGGAUUUAUGAUCGUCGAUUCCCGAAUACAUGUGUCGUUCGAAUUUGGCCUGUCGGAUGCUUCUUUUGCUGUGAUGUAUGUCGUACUCUCGAUCAUCAUGACACCAGAGAUCAUGCACCCGUUGUCUUGCAUCAGCAUACUCAAACAAGUGAAGCAUCCUCUUCUUCCUCCUCGUGCUCUUCGUCUGUAUACGCCAUGUCACCUGAUUGA